CGUGUUAGCAACAUCGUCAGGUUUGAGCCCCGUGAGCUCACCUACUAAAGUUAGGGUUACGCUGACAUAGCCUCUCAAGGCUCUCAGCUUAGGUAGGAGAAAAAAAAAAAAAAAUAGGCCACAACCACUCCGUCAUCAUGAUAUUCCAUAAUCCAUUUUAGGAUAUUCGUUCUCUUCAUUCACUUGUGUUUUAAUAUUCGUGUAACAGAUAAGGCCUUUUUUUAUAUUCGAUAAUUUAUGUCAUGAAAAUAAAAUUAAGAGUCACGGCUGUACAAUGUGAUUUCUUCGCUUUCUUGUAUUCGAAAACUAAGAAAUUUCAAUUGUUUUGUGUUUCUUGUUUCUCCGUUCCCGUGUUAUUUAUUUUAUAAUUUACAAUAUUCAGCAAAACAACCCAUAUGAGGAAAUAUAACUACUCAUAAAUUAAACCAAUAUGUCCAGAUCUAGGGGAUUUGAAAUAAGAGAAGGGUUACGUUCUCAUAAAAAGCUCAAAGAAAAUAAAAAUGAAAAUGAGACUUCUGAUUCUUCUGAACGUGAACAAAUAUGUGAACUUUUAUAUAAGCUACCAAAACUGGACAAGAUUUUUGAAGUGCACCGAAAGAUAGGAGAAGGAACAUUUAGUUCAGUGUAUUUAGGCUCACUGAGACAGCAUUCAUCUUUGCUAGACAAAGACAAGCGUUGGUUUGCCAUAAAACACUUGGUACCUACUGCACAUCCAGCUCGGAUUGAACACGAGUUAAGGUGUCUACAGGACAUAGGAGGCAAACAUCAUGUGAUUGGAGUGGAGCUCUGUCUUCGUAAUCUCGACACUAUUGUAUUUGUAAUGCCCUAUCUACCUCAUAAAAAGUUUUCUGAGUACGUGGGCGACAUGGACGCGGCCGAGCUGCGCGAGUACAUGCGCGCGCUGCUCGAGGCGCUCCGGCACGUGCACUCGUUCGGUGUCAUACAUCGAGACGUCAAACCCAGUAACUUUUUGUACGAUCGAGAAAAUAGGAGAUAUCAAUUAGUAGACUUCGGCCUGGCUCAGCGACUGGUCCCCGGCACCGACGAGGAGCCCCCGGCGCCCCCCCGGUCCUCGGCCCCCCGCAAGCGUCCCCGGGAGGCCGAGGGCGCCACACCGGAAGCGAAGCGACUCGCACUUGACCUCUCACUGAAGACUAACGCUAGCAAAAUAUCUAUUGUUGAAACUAAUCCCAUGCCGCUGUCUCCUAGAAGCAAUGUCAAGAGAGCGGCGCCGUGCGCGUGCGCGGGUCGCGGCGCGGUGUGCGGCGCGUGCAGCGUGCGCCCCCCCGCCCGCGCCCCGCGCGCCGGCACGCAGGGCUUCCGCCCCCCCGAGGUGCUGCUGCGGUACGGCGCGCAGACCACCGCCGUGGACACGUGGGCGUGCGGCGUCGUGCUGUGCUCCGUGCUCACCGCGCGCUACCCGCUGCUGCGCGCCGCCGACGACCUCGCCGCCCUCGCCGAGCUCGCCGCGCUGCUCGGCACCCGCCCCCUGCAGCGCGCCGCCGCCGCCCUCGGUCGCCGUUUGAUCACAUCGUCCCCCCGACGCGGGCUGUGUCUCCGCAAGCUGUGCGCCCGCCUCCGCGGCUGUCCCCCCCCGGCCCCCGCGGCGCCGACCCCCGGCCCCCGGGCCCGCGCCCCCCGCCCCCUCCUCCCGGCGGCGUCGUGCUUGCACUGUCGGUGCCUCACGCACGAGUGUAUUUGUCGAGACGAGGAUAAAGACGCCGCCGCGGUGUCCCCGGGCCGCAGCGUGGCGGGGUUCCCGGACAGCGCGUUCUCGCUGUGCUGGCGGCUGCUGCAGCCGCUGCCGGCGCACAGGCUCUCCGCGGAGCAGGCCCUCCAACACGAGUUCUUCAACUCCUGACCACUCCACCGCUGCUGCUGGAGUUACAUAUAUUGCGCACACAAGCGCCGCAUUAGCUAGAUUGUUAUUUAAUAUUUUACUGUUAAUUUAUUUAUAACACAGAAGUACCGAGCGAGCCGAGCGCGGCGCGGCAUCGCCGACACCGCGAGAUUUCAUUUUCGAACCAUUUUCUUUAUUGAAAAUGUUGUCGUUCCCGACAUUUUUAAUGAAGUAAAACCGGUUCCAAUAAACUGCCACAGCCGGAGGCGGCGGCUCGUCAGUAUCUCGAAAACAAAUCAAAAUGUACAUGGGUCGGCAAACAGACUAAUUAGUGGUACUAAAAUGUUUUGCCUCUUGUUUAUUUAUCGCAUUGAUAUGUGAACGAGCUCACCACCCACCUGGUGCGGAGUGACCGCGGCGGCUGCCGGUCGCAGGGGACUCUUGUCCUAUAAAGUGUUUUUAAAUAUUAUGGAAUUAAAAUUCGCUUAUUUUGCAUGAAUGUUUAUUAAAACACAAGUGACACUAUGUCAUUAAAUUGUCCAUCUGCAACUUUUUGUAGAGCCGCGUGCUUCGUGUUAGUCUGUUACUCACUGUCACUUGUUGGUGUCUGUGCUGGGUACAGCCGGGGACAGCUGGGGACUUGUUUUUGUACUCAAUAAAACAUGCUCUUGAA